AUAUUGAACAUGUUUCCAAUUUUCUUCAUAUUUCUUGUUGGUUGUAGUUAAAUAAUUGAAAAUGAUCAAAUCAUUAAAUUUUUUGGUAAAUAUUUCCCAAAAUGUGAGAUGUACACGGCAAUUUUCUUUCACGGCGAUACAAGCACUUGAUCAAAAUUGGCGUGAACAGAAAGGACUGCCGGGAAAUCCAAAUGCCUUUGGACCAUUAACUAAUCUACCCGACUACAGUUUUUUGGAUGGCCGCCCAACACCACUCGGUUCUAACCAAAAACGGCGGUUGAAGAAACAGCAAGAGAUCGCUGAUAAAAUUGUAACACUAAGCGGUGAAUUAGAUUUUGCAAAGAAACGAUAUGCUCGCAUACAAGCUGAAGAGGCGGAAACAAAAGAAAAUAUUAUAAAGAACAAGCUGAAACCCAAAGGACAUCUGCUUCUCAAGAAAGAAUAAAAGUAGUGCAUUUUAGUCCAUAAUUAACAGUUCAAUAUAAUUAAAAGAGUUUAUGUAAUAAUAAUUAUAUACCAGAAUGCCUACCAAAGUUGUUAACAUAAA